GAUUCAUUGUCUGUACCAAAAUUUAUGGCAAGGGUUGAUGAGAUAUUUCACUAAAAAUCAAAAAUGUUUGCCUUACAGUGGCGCUACAAGGAAAGGGAUCACCAGAGUCAGACGUUUUUAUUCUCUUAGUGCCAUUAACGUCUGGAGAAAAAUGUACACUUUCAAUUUCAAAGCAACCAUUACACUGUUGUUGAGAUAUUCAAGUCUGGACCAAAAUGGUGGACCAACCAAUAAACAGAAUGAUACUGCCAGAGCUUGUAGUAUAACAAUAAAACUACUGUCACACACAGUGUGUAACACCUGCAGUACAGGCUACUGUGUUAAUUCAUGAAUAAAUCCCUGAAUGUUUAGUCAUGUCAAACUGUGAUGAUUGAUGUUAUUUGGACAUAAUAAAAAUAGAACUCCUUUUUAAUUAGUUUUAAAAGAUUCUGAGUGCUUGAUGAUCCAAAGUUGCUCGUUGUGUUCGUAGUUAAUGAUUGAGGAUGCAAAACAGGGCUUUGAGUGAGCCUUUCAGGGGUAUGAUGAUGGAAAAAACCUGCACGGCACAGUACUUCCUUGUACUGGCUUGAUAAAUCGAAAUCAACACAUAUUCCUCUGACAUAAGCAAAGGCAAAGUGAAGGAGUGUGAGCCCUCUUUUCUCCCAUCACAUCUGAUGAGACUGCAGAAGGAAUGGAAACAACUGUGAUACACUUCAUCAUCCUGGGAGCCAUCGCAGGUUUAACCAAAGGAGUUGGUGUGUUGCCUGAUGUUCUGAAUGCAGCUGUGGGAGAGACGGUGAUGUUCACCACAACACUGACUCCACCAGAGAAACCAUUCCUAUCAGUGGGCUGGACAUUUGAUGGAAAAAAUAUAAUCACUUUCAAUGAUAAAAACUUCACUGCACCAGAGUAUGAAGGCAGGAUCACCCUCUUCAUGUCUACUGCAUCUUUGGAGCUCAGAAAUGUGGCUCUAAAUGACAGUGGGGUAUACAGAGUUAGCAUUUUUUCAUCUGGAGAGCAACAGAAGACAGGUGAAACAAGACUGUACGUAGAUGUGCCAGUUUCCAAUGUAAUAGCAACAGCCAGCAGCACAGACUUGGUGGAGUUCAACAGCUCUGUCCGUUUGUCCUGCUCCUCCUCUGGAACCUCUCUGUCUUUCCUCUGGCUGAACGGCAACUCUGAGGUUACAGCCAGUGACAGAGUUCAGCUCACUGAUGGAGGCACCAACCUCACUAUAGCUAACGUGACCCGCUACGACCAGGGACCAUUUAAGUGUCAUGUGUCCAAUCCUGUCAGUGAUGGCACCAGUGAUCCAAUAACCUUCAGCAUCAGCUACGGCCCAGACAAUGUUAAUUUGACAAUAUCUCCGUCAAAAGAAUACCAUGCAGAAGGGUCAAACAUCGACCUGAUGUGCUCAGCUGACUCCAAACCUGCUGCCCAAUUUAAGUGGCUUCUGAAUGGAGUCCUGCUGUCUGAUACUGGACCAGAGCUCAGAGUGAUGAACAUUCAGAUGAGUCACAGUGGGAACUACAGCUGUCAGGCCUUUAACAGCAAAACUCUGAGAUAUGAAUCAGCUCCACCUGCCACCAUCUCUGUACUAAAGAUAAUAUCAGGUGCUUCAGUUAAGCCGUCAACAAACGUGCCGAUUGAAGGAAACUCAGUCAACUUAACCUGUGACACUGCUGGCUCUGUCUUUACCAGAAAGUGGAGGAAGGGUGGCUCAGAUCUGAGCGUGUCUGAGAACAUAAUACUUUACGAUGAGAACAGAGUGCUGUCUUUUAAGAGUCUGAACAAAAAAGACAGUGGAGAAUAUUCCUGUACAGUCAGCAACCCCCUCAGCAGCGAUGAAGCUAAAUACUCCAUGGAGGUCAACUAUGGACCAGAAAAUGUUCAAAUCACAGGUCCAAGUGAAAUAAAUCCGAAUGAGAACUUGACUUUAACCUGCUCUGCUGAGUCCAGACCACUUGCCACUUACACCUGGAUACUGAAUGGGAUAAAAAUACACAAUUCUGCUGUGUUCACAAGAGACAACAUUCAACCCUCUGACAGUGGCAUCUACACCUGCGAAGCGAUGAAUGACGUAACUGGAAGAAAACUGUCUGCAGUCCAUGAAUUGUCUGUAACAGAUGGGACGUCUGGAGGUCUUUCACCUGGCGCCAUCGCUGGAAUAGUUAUCUCAGUUUUAGUGGUUGUUUCUGCAGCAGCUGUUGGAGGGUACUUUAUUUAUAAAAAUGAAAUCAAAAACAAAGCUCCGCCACCUUCUGAUAAUAAAGACAAAGAAGAACAGGUGUAUGAGAACACUUCAGCGGUGUAUGAGAACACUUCAAUGGUGUAUGAGAACAUAUAAACUCAGUAAUCUUUCCCUUUAAAGGUGAGUUUCAAACUAAUUGAUUUAGGUAAAAGGGAUCAGAAAAUGAGCAAACAGAAACAUCAUAACCAGCCUAAGGAAAAGAAUAUGCUAAUGUAUGUCAAUGUUAUUCUUUUUAUUGUAAUGAAUGUAUUUUUUUUUUCUAUCGGGAAACAUUUGUCAUUUACUCAUCCAUUACAGAGAAAGAUUUCAUUUCAUUUCUGUCAAAUGCAAUUCCGAUUUACUCUGCUUUUAGCAGGUAGCUUACAGUAGGUUUAUCAGAGCUGUAUUGCUAAAAAUUUCUAUUGGAAAUUGAGUUUAUGAGAUUGAAAAGGCUAAAAUAGAAUCACAAGCUUGACAGGGCUGCAAAGUUAAGUUGUAAUUCUCUGAAGGUUUUACGCUAUGGGCCCUUUUACAUUUAAUGUGUUGUUAAAAUGAAAAUGUUUUACUUAUAAAUAGCUAUGCUGGCUCUUAUGCACAUAGCCCAGGGGCGUAAAUAUAGACAGUGUAGGCAGUGCGGUUGCACUGGGGCCCAUGAGGUCGGGGGGCCAACAGAGAAACUGGGUAGAGAAUGGGCUCUUGGAAAUAUUAAGAAAUGUAUUAUUUUUGUUUUUUUGUAAAAUAGUCAAUAGCAUCUAUGACAAGAUUAUAGGCUUAUUCCAACUAAACUAUAAUAAACUAUUAAAACUGUUAAAGGGAUAGUUUGACAUUUUGGCAAAUUCGCC